CGGCCACCCCAAGAGCGUACAGGAAGUAAACAGUAAAAUGGGUUUCAGCAGCAGCAGAGCAGAAUAGACAACAGUCGGGUCUUUUUUUUUGUAAUAGUGAAACAUGGACCGCUUUUCAUGGUCAAAUGGUCUCCUGGAGAUAAACGAAACUUUAGUGAUCCAGCAGCGAGGUAUCAGACUGUAUGACGGGGAUGAUAAGGCUAAGCUUGACGCUGGGGUUGCCUUGUUGAGCACCCAUCGGUUGAUCUGGAGGGACGUUAAAAACCACGAAUGCUGCAUAGCCAUGCCCCUGUCGCAGAUCAUCUUCUUUGAGGAGCAGGCUGCAGGAAUAGGAAAGAGUGCAAAAAUAAUUAUCCACCUGCAUGCAACACCUGCCAACAAGGAACCAGGUCCCUACCAACAUAGCAAGUACUCCUUCAUCAAGCUGUCCUUCAAAGAACACGGACAGAUCGAGUUUCACAGGAGGCUAACGGAAGAAAUGACUCAGAAGAGAUGGGAGAGUACGCCGGCUUCUCAACCCAUCCCCACAGGAACCGGCUCUCAGACAGGAAGAACACGUGCCGUUGGAAUCGUUGGCAUUGAGAGGAAGAUAGAGGAGAAGCGGAAAGAAACAGACAAAAAUAUUUCUGAGGCCUUUGAGGAUCUUAGUAAGCUGAUGGUGAAGGCCAAGGAGAUGGUGGAGCUUUCCAGAUCUAUAGCCAACAAGAUCAAAGACAAACAGGGAAACAUUACAGAAGAUGAGACCAUCCAGUUUAAGUCCUAUCUUCUGAGUAUGGGUAUUGCUGACCCUGUUACCAGGGAAACGCAUGGAUCAGGUACACAUUACCAUAUGCAGCUAGCUAAGCAGCUGGGAGAUAUGCUGCAGGUUCCUCUGGAGGAGCGUGGGGGUAUGAUGGCUCUCACUGAGGUCUACUGUCUCGUCAACCGUGCUCGAGGGAUGGAGCUUUUAUCUCCGGAAGAUUUGGUAAACGCCUGCAAGGUGUUUGAGUCGUUGAAGCUUCCAUUGAGACUACGUGUGUUUGACAGUGGGGUGAUGGUGGUCCAGCUGCAGUCUCACAGCGAAGAGGAAAUGAUAUCCUCAGCACUGGACAAUGUGUCAGACAAAGGCUCGUUGACGGCAGAGGAGUUUGCGAAGCUCCUGGGUCUCUCCGUUCUUCUCUCUAAAGAACGGCUGCUGCUGGCUGAGAAGAUGGGCCACCUGUGUAGGGACGACUCUGUGGAGGGUUUGAGAUUCUACCCGAACCUCUUUUGACUUGUCGUAAUGGGAUGAAAAGGAAAACAAAAAACUUCAACCAGGGUGCACGGUCUUUCUGACAGACCACUGCAGCGCCACUACGUACCGGCGCCGACGUCCCUAAUGAGUCCCGUCAUUCUUUUUUAACGGUUGUUAGUGGUGAAGCUUCACAGAGUCACUGCCAGACGUCUUCUUUUCAGGUCCAAGAGCUACAGCUCUGCUCAAAUGCUGUACAUGCAGCACAGCGUUCCCAGACUUUGUUCCACUCGAUUUGUGUGCUCUCAGCAAUAAAUAGGUUUGGGGUAAUUGAUAAAAUGGGAAUUCCCAGGUACAUUUUCUUCCCUCAAUCUUGUGGCACAACUCUUAAUAACAAAAUGAAUAAGCAAUUACCCUUUGACAUGCUUCGUCAUCUUCUGAGGAGGGACAGAACAUGUCCAGGUUAAAGUGAAUUUUAAAAACCAUACUGUAUUUUUUUUAUCCUGUUUUGGUCUCUCAAUCCUGUCCAUCAAAAUGUCCCUUCACUCAAAUCCAAAUAACAAAAGUCCUCAUCCACAGUUAAUUUGGAUCACAGUGAAACAAAUUGGCCCUGUGGCCAAAUGUCACUAUUCAACGACUUAAUCCUUGUAUUGCAAAGGUUGUAGUGUACAAAGGCCAAGUAGAAUCCAGACUGAAGAGCAAGCCCUCUAUUAAUGCACUUGUAGAAUCACAUGUCUACUUAAAGUAAAUCAUAUUAAGAGUAACCGCAGAAGUAAGAAUGAAUCUGUGAGAUCGAGAGAUUGGAGUAAGUAAGUAAGUAAGUAGCUUCAUGUGUAAAAGUCAUGUUUUCUGCCAACAUCGUGUCUACUUUAAACACUGUGUUUCCCCGAGGAGCUUCUUGCGCUCUUAACAAAGUCCUUUGUUCCCGUUGUGGUGCUGAACCGAACAGUAAAGGGUGUUUCAUUUUCAGAGAAGCUUCCUGUUUUCAGCUGUCUCUCUCCUGAGGAAAUGUGAAAGGUCUGCAGAGCGUUACUGCUGAUUAGAUUGGCUUGCCAUUUACACUUAACUCAUACUACUUGUUUUCAGAGCUGAACUUGGACGGCUCUAAUUGUAAUGAUCAGAGGUUCACGCGUGAAACUCAAUUAUUGGCGAACCUUUUCGGAGAAAAAAUAGGUCCUGCUCUUGCACGCUGAGAUGAAUUUACUCAAUGAUGCAUUUUAAGUGAAUCCAUGAUGCUGAAUGGCUGAGUGUCAUUGGUUCAAAUCUCAGUAAAGAUUCCUUACAUCUAUGGAUAAUGGAAGAAGACCCUGUCAGUUAUUUUAUGUGGGGGGGAGGCAUGUGAUGCUUUGUGAUGAAUAGUUCUUCUGUUUACUCUCAUGCCUGCAUCGUUUCAAAUGUUAUAUUUUCUUAACCUGCCUCCUGGGCUAAUAAAGAUACACACUGCUA